UCCUGCUGAGUUUUUUUUUUUGGUGCUAGUGGAUCCAUGGCCACUCGACCUCUCAUCUCUCUGCAACUUCUUUCUUCUUCUUAUUCUCUUUCAUCUUCUUCGUUAAAACCACCACCACCACAAUUCCUCUUCUUUACGAAACCUGAACUAAGUAGACACCAUAGAAACCAGAACAAGUGGCGGACAAGUGUUCAUCAUCAAUCUUCAGCUAAUCUCAUCAUUCACCCUUCACUUCUCUUCCUAAGUAGCGGCUUCGAUGGCGGUGGCGGAUUCAUCGAUACACAGACCUUCAUUGUCACUAUCAGUCUCGUUGUAGCCAUUGCUCUCUCUCUCUUCCUCGGCUUCAAGGGAGAUCCAGUGCCAUGUGAGAGAUGUGGUGGAAACGGCGGAACGAAAUGUGUAUUUUGCCUAGAAGGGAAGAUGAAGGUGGAGUCUGGUUUGGUUAACUGCAAAGUCUGCAAAGGUUCAGGUUUGAUUUUUUGCAAGAAAUGUGGAGGUUCUGGAUAUUCUCGCCGUUUAUAAAGUCCUUACUAUGUUUCGUAUCCACCAUUCACACCAUUGGUUCUUUGGACUAUUAUUACAGAUGAUAUAUCUAACUUGUUUAUAGUGUCAUUGUCAUAUAACAAAACUGUGGUGCAUUUUGCUUGUGUAAUUGAUUGUCGUCAUCCACAGUUUUUACAAUUUCACUUGUUACAUCGGUUCAAAUACGAGUAAGUGAAUUGGUACAAAAGAAAUAGUUUCCUAGGCGAAA